ACCAUAUCUCGAUCCGUCGGCGAGGGAUGCUUCUUUUACCAUGCCAGCUUCUCUCGAGCUCGAUAAUGGUAAGCACAUUACUUACGAGUCGGCCCUCAAGAGAGAUGCCAACAUCAUCAAUGAAGCAACAUACCCUGGAGCAAGGAGACAGCUCUUUCAGAAGCUCUGGGAUCAGCGAGCAACGAUCCAGGCUAUUGUUCGGCACCACCUGAGACUGCGCGAUGAAGACGCUUGUAUCGUCAAAGCAGAGAACCGAUGGAUUCAUGGGAGCUUUAAUGUGUGUAUACCUGUGGAAGUAAGGUCGGCCAGCUUCAACAAGGACUUGAUGUUUCGUUGUCCUAUGCCACACAAGCUUGCCGAAGCCAAAUACCCUGGCACCAUUGACGAGAAACUAAGCUGCGAGGUUGGAACCUACGUUUGGAUGCAAGAUCGAUGCCCCGACAUUCCCAUUCCAUACUUAUACGGCUUUGGCUUCUCCGACAACCGACACUUUGCACACGAGCAACGAUUGCCUUUUUAUCUUCGCCUUUGGCGCAUGUUCCAGCGAUUUUCCCGCAACUUGCUUCGGUACCCAGCUUUGUCUCGAUAUGCCCCAAGUCCGACCUACCUGCGCCUACCCACUGCGUAUAUGCUCCUCGAGUAUAUCGGCCACGAUAAAGGCGAAGUGCUCUCAAACACAUGGGAUAGGCAUCGACGGGACCCGGUCCGGAGGCAAAAGCUCUUCCGAGGCAUGGCGCGCUUGAUCUUGUCUUUAGCUCGCAUUCCUCAGCCUCGAAUAGGCUCGUUCCAAUUCCAUAAUAACGGCACAAUUACACUGUCAAACCGGCCGCUGCCUUGCUCUAUUAUCAUUUUAGAGAAUGAAGGCGCCCCAAGAACGAUAUCGAGAAAUGAAACAUAUACCUGUACUGAGCCCUUUGUCUCAGAUAUACUCACCUUCCAUGACAACUUCUUUCUUGGCAAUCCGAAUGCAGCUCACAGUACGGAAGACUGUCUCGGCCAGAUGGCUGCUAAAGCGAUGCUUAGGGCACUCUCACAUCACUACAUCCAGCGAGAAAGUCGUAACGGGCCAUUCCGUCUUCAGCUUACCGAUUUCCAUGCGAGUAACAUCUUCGUCGACAAAGACUGGAACAUUACAUGUCUCAUAGACCAUGAGUGGGUGUGUGCGCUACCCGCCGAGAUGCUUUCUGUUCCCUAUUGGCUCACGGGAUGCGGUAUCGAUGAGAUAAUAGAAGACAGGCUCGGUGAGUUUGAUAUAGUUCGCCAGGAGUUUAUGGAUAUAUUUGAGGAAGAAGAAAUCAGGAUGACGCCAACGGAUGCGCCCUCACUGACAACAAUCAUGCAUGACGGCUGGAAAUCUGGAGCAGUCUGGUUCUGGCAUUGUAUUACGUCUGUAAAUGCCGCGUUUGCUCUAGUCGAAGAUCAUAUCGGUCCUAAAUUUCUUCCUCUCUCUACGAAGACCGAAGGAAUACUUUCACAGUAUUGGUGCCAGAGUUCUUCUCUAGUUGCUGAGAGGAAAGUCGCUGAUCGAGAAGAAUAUGUGAAACGGUUACAAGUUCUCUUUGACGAAGAAGCAGGCCUCUCUAGAGAGGAAGAGACUCUUGCCACCCACAGUGAGUGAUGCCUGCAAAACGGUUAGAGCCGGCCUCGUUGACGUGUGAUUUGGUUCAUUGAUACUUGCUUGGUACUGCUCUGCCUUCCCUGUACUGUGGCUCCAACGGCUUGAAUUGCUCAUGCUAGUUAUUGCUCUUUAUCAUGGUGAGGUGAGUUGAGCGGGCCGAGCCAUCGCCC